AUGGCGACUACUAUGCAAAUAUGGCAAUUCUCAAGCCCCGUCAAGAAGAUGGAGGAUUCCUUAACAAUUACGGAUCAAGUGCCUGUUCCUUCACAAGCCUCUUUGCGCAAAGAUGAAAUGCUUAUCAAAGUCAUCACCGCUUCUCUCAACCCAGUCGACUACAAGCUUUCUGAAGCGGGCAUCAUUGGAAAGAUGAUGAUUCCUAACCCUGCAACGCCUGGGCUCGACUUCUGCGGACGUGUCGUCGCCAAACAUUCAUCGAUAACCGGAUUCGAAGAAGGUCAGCUCGUGUUUGGGGGCUUUCCAUCCCAUAAACAGCUGGGAGCACUCGCACAGUACACCGUUGUCUCUACGGCCUGUUGCGCGCUGCUUCCAGAGGGCAUUGAUCCAGACGAUGGGGCAGCUGUAGGAACGGCGGCAACCACAGCGUACCAAUCUCUGAUGCCAGACACCCUACCGUCAGCUGCGAACAUCUUCAUCAAUGGAGGCAGCGGUGGUGUUGGAACAUGGGCUAUUCAGCUUGCCAAGGCCAUGGGCGCCAAAGUCACAACGACCUGCUCAACGAAAAACCUGGAGCUGUGCCGACGCCUUGGCGCUGACCACGUUAUUGACUACACCAAGAACGAUGUUGUCGAAUUUCUGAAGCAGCAAGGUGCUGUCUACGAUCUUGUGAUCGACAACGUGGGGAAUCGGGCAGAUCUUUACGACAACAGCCAUCUGAUGCUCAAGGCUGGAGGAACAUUUGUUCAAGUUGGUGUUGGGGAGUCCAUGUCACUGAAGAGCAUUGCAUCUACCAUGAAGAAGCAGAUCUGGCCGUUUGGGACUCCUCGCUUUUACUUUGUCAACAUGAAAAAUUCGGCCGAGUUUUUCCAGGUCAUUGGCCGGUGGAUGGCAGAAGGCAGGGUGAAGCCGGUGAUUGCAGCCCAGUUUGAUUGGAAGGACGUUCCGGAAGCGUUUCGACAACUACGAGAGGGCCGUUCUCCUGGAAAGAUUGUGGUUAAUGUUAGUCAGGACUUGUAG